GAAACAUGUUUUAUGCAUGGUAAUAAGGGGGAAUCACAAGUAUGUUUUACCCAAUACAGGACGCAGCACCGGUCCUGGUAAGCGCUUUGCUUCACUAUAAAAUCGGUUACCGGUGGUAGAAUUUAUCAAAUCGAUUUAAAAUGUUCAAGUUGGCUUUAGUCUCAGCCUUCUUGGCUCUCGCUGCUGCUUUGGAUGAUCGGAUUGUUGGUGGUGAAGCCGUUGAAAUCGAAGAUUACCCCUACCAAUUGUCUCUUCAAUACUUUGGAAGCCACAUAUGUGGUGCUUCCAUCAUCAGCCAGAACUUCGCAGUUACUGCUGCUCACUGCACCGACGGAUUGACAGCUUCCUCAUUGACCAUACGCGCUGGAUCUACCUACAGGGGAUCAGGAGGACAAGUUGUCCAGGUUAGCGCCAUUACUCAAAACCCCAAUUAUAACAAAGAAAACAUAGAUUACGACAUCUCUGUCUUGAGGCUCUCCAUGCCAUUGAACUUUGGAGCUGGUGUUCAAGCAGUUGGAUUGCCAAGCUUGAACCAACAAGUCCCAGUUGACACUGACUGCAUUGUUUCUGGAUGGGGUGCCAUUUCAGAAGGUGGCGGCUCACCUUCUCAACUACAAGCUGUUCACGUUAGAAUUAUCUCCGUGGCGACAUGCAAGAGUGCUUAUGGUAGCGCGGCCAUCACCGACCGCAUGAUCUGCGCUGGAUAUACUAACGGAGGCAUGGAUGCCUGCCAAGGUGAUUCUGGUGGUCCACUUGUCGUCGAUGGACAACUCAUUGGUGUUGUUUCCUGGGGAUACGGUUGUGCCCGUCCAAAUUAUCCUGGAGUUUAUUCCAGCGUUCCAAAUUUGCGCAAUUUUAUCACUGAUAGUGCGGGAAUCUGA